CAUGUAUUAAACAUGGGAUCCAAAAAGCUACUGCCCCCUACUCCCACAAAAGGAGGUGAGCCCUCACCCCGUGAUGGCCAGCCAAAAGCAAAAUGAAGAGAGAAAGUAAUAAAGGUGUAGAGAGACUAAAAUAAGAACCAAAGGAACAGAGCAAAGCUGGCACACCCCUCCCUUUUAAUCCACCCUUCACCUCCUCUAACAUGCCGUAGCAAACUACAGAGCUAGGAGAUGGAAAGAAACUAGAGAAAGAGAGAGAGAGAGAGGGAGAGAGAGUUACAGAAUUAGAGAGAGAUGAAGCGAAGAGUGGGAGGAAGUGGAGGAGCUCCGACAGACCUUCUUGUCUGCUUUCCGUCCCGAGCACACCUGACAUUGAUGCCGAAGCCGAUAUGCAGUCCCUCUCGGACAGCCGAAGCCGGGAAGCGCCACCAGGCGAGGUCUGGAACUCGUGGCCAGGUGAGUCCCCUCUUCAGGACCAAAAGCAAGAGCAUGAGCUCGGAGAUCGCGGAGCCGACGUCCCCCAAGGUUACAUGCGCUGGUCAGAUCAAGGUGAGGCCCAAGUCCAGGACAAGGCAGCCUCCGAGUGGUGGCGGCGACAAGAAUUGGCUCUCUGUGGUGGAGCAGAUCGAGAGGCUGCACAAGCAACGGAAGAGGGCUCAUUGGCUAGACACGGGUAGCCUCAAGAAGGACAUCAUGCAUGUCAUCGGCGCCCUCCGAGGCCUCCGCUUCAACAUGCGGUGCUUCGGCGCAUUCCAAGGCCCGGUGGAUUGCAUAACCGAUGAGGAAGACGGCGAGGGAUGCGAAGAAGAGCAGGAGGAGGAGGAAGCAGAGACCAGCACUGCGUCUAGAACAAUGUUCUCAAAGUUGUUCAUGCUGCUGGAAGAGAACCAAGGUACAAGAUGUAAGAAAGAAGGCAAGGAAGAAGUACAAGAAGAAGAGGAUGAGGAUGAGGAAGAAGAAGAAGAGGAGGAGGACGAGGAGGAGGCAGAGAGAGAUGAAUGCAAAGCACCACCUUCUUCCGCGCCACCUCCAAAUGCGCUCCUGCUGAUGAGAUGCCGAUCGGCACCGGCAAAAGGGUGGCUCAAGCGAAGUGGAGAAGAAGAAACAGAAGAUGAAGCAGGAGAGGAGGUGACUGCACAGAUGACCAAAGAGGAGGAGAAGGACAAGGAAAGGUUGGUUCUAAUGAGCUACGCUCCCGACUUCUUCAAGAUCUCGACGGACAUCGCAAAGGAGACUUGGGUCGUCGGAAGCAUGGAUCCACUGGCGAGGAGCCGCAGCUGGAGAAGAUGACAGAGGCGGAAGGUGGUGGUGAUGAGUUGAUUCACUUUAUGCAUGUGGAGACUGGUAAUCUCCAUGCUUCUUUCCAGUCUUCUUACUAUGAAACAUAUCUAUAUAUACACUUGUGCAUGUGUGCUACAAUUCGGUGUGGUUCUUCUUGUUCUCAUCUCCUUUGCUUGGGUAAAAUCCAAGGUAUAUAGAGGUGGUUUGAUUUGGAAUUCUCUCAA